AUGUUCAAUAUCGACGGCCUAGAAAAUGAGUUUGGCGAUUCAAAUCCUCAAGCAAAGCUGUUCAAAUCCGUUCAUAAAUCAUGGGGACCCUUGUGGGCCCAUGGUCAAAGAUGGAGGGGAACGAUGUUAUAUGACCCUUAUGAAGAACCAUUCAAGCCUGGGACGGCAGAUAUUCUAGGAAGAGAGUACUAUGCCAACGCCGUGAUCACUGCUCUCAGUCGCUAUCUACCCAUCGAGCUGGCCAUCUAG